CGUAUCCUAUAUAAUUAAUAAAAUGGAGGAAGAGUCGCACAUGAAAAAUGUACCACUUUGAUGGCACGGCAAAGAUAGGGCAUAGGGGAUAAGGAGUCGGAAAAGCAGAGCAAAAAGGAAGAGCACAACAGAAGUAGAAUCUUAUCGGUUAUCGCGCAAACGUGCCCGAGUCGCCUCGCCUCACUUUCAUUCUGCGCCCCCGCCGGUGGAGCUCCACGACCCACGCGCCAUGGCCGCGAAGCACCAGCAGCAGCACCACUUCCUGAUCGUCACGUACCCGGCGCAGGGGCACAUCACCCCGGCGCGUCACCUCGCGCGCCGCCUCGCCAGCGCGUGCCCCGGCGGCGCGCGCGUCACCAUCUGCGCCCCGCUGUCGGCGUUCCGGAAGAUGUUCCCGGGCGCCGCCGCCGCUGUGGCUGUGACGGGGGAGGAGUGUGGCGGCGACGGCGACGGCGACGGCGACGAGAGCGUCGCGUACGUGGCCUACUCGGACGGCUACGACGGCGGGUUCGACGUCGCCGUGGACAGCUACGCGAGGUACAUGGAGGAGGCGAGGGCGGCGGGGUCGCGGUCGCUGGCCCGUGUGCUCCGCCGCCUCCGCGACGAGGGGCGCCCCGUCACGUGCGCCGUGUACACGCUGCUCCUGCCCUGGGUAGCCGGCGUGGCCCGGAGCCACGGCGUGGCCGCGACGGCCGUGUUCUGGAUCCAGCCAGCCACGGCCCUCGCCGCGUACUACCACUACUUCCGCGGCCACCGGGACGCCGUCGUGGCCGCCGCGGCUUCGGGGGAUCCGCGCGCCGAGGUUCGGCUCCCGGGCCUCCCGCCGCUCCGCGUCCGCGACCUCCCGUCGUUCCUCGCCGUCACCUCCGACGACGACCCGUUCGCGUUCGUGCUCCCGGAGUUCCGCGAGCUCGUGGACGCGAUCGAACGAGACGACGACGGCGACGGCGACGGGUCCUCGUCGAAGCCCCCGACGUACGUGCUCGCCAACACCUGCGACGCCAUGGAGCCCGAAGCGCUGGCGUCGCUGCGCCCACACGUGGACAUCUUCGCCGUCGGGCCCGUGCUGUCGUUCCUGCACGACGAGGCGGACGACGACGGCAACGGGAGGCGCGCCCCGUCUCCGUCUCCUCCUCGUGACGUCUUUGAGCACGACAAGAGCGGGUACCUCGGCUGGCUCGACACCAAGCCGGCCAAGUCGGUGGUGUACAUCUCCUUCGGCAGCUCGUCGGUGACGAGCAGGAAGCAGGCCGCGGAGAUCGCCGACGCCAUGGCCCAGGUGAAGAGACCGUUCCUCUGGGUUUUAAGGAAGGACAACUGGAAGGACGACGACGACGACGACGCGGCGAUCAAGAAAGCAGCGGCGGCGGCGGUGGAUGCGGACAGCGGUGGCGGGAUGGUGGUGUCAUGGUGCGACCAGGCGCGGGUGCUGUCGCACCCGUCGGUGGCGUGCUUCGUGACGCACUGCGGGUGGAACUCGACGCUGGAGAGCUUGGCGUGCGGCGUGCCGACCGUGGCGGUGCCGCAGUACUCGGACCAGGGCACGGCCGCGUGGCUCGUGGCGGAGCGGAUGGGCGCCGGCGUCCGCGUCCGCGUCCGCGCGGACGACGACGGCGGCGUCGUGGUGGAGGCCGACGAGCUGGCGCGGUGCGUGGAGGCCGCCGCGGCGUCGGAUGCCGUGGCGGCGCGCGCCGCGGCGUUAAUGGGCAAGGCGAGGGCGGCCGUGGCGGACGACGACGGCGGCGGGAGCUCGCACCGCAACCUGACGGAGUUCCUCAGGCAGAUCGCCCGCGGUCCCGGCGAAUAAACCGUUGCAAGCUUGCCUUGCAUUUCUAGCGAAACCAUCCAUCCAUACUGUUGAUUGCGAUUUGGACGAUCGAGAAUAACCGGAAUCGAUCUCUAGUUUUUUUUUUUUCAAUUGCGAGCAUGAAACAAGAGUGUGACAAGGGUAUUUUCUAGCUUGAAUGAGGUCGACGUGCAUCUCAGAUGGCUCCAAUCCAAAAAAAAAAAAGUGUCCGUGUGUGCGUACUGGUUUUUGCUUGCAUUUGCAUGCUCCGGACGUAGUGACGUGCAUGCGCCUGGAGCCUCGUCAGGAACCCAAGCGAACGUGUCGACGCGAAAGGCUUGAGGAGAGGAGGACAAGCAGGGCGGGGCGCUACGGGAUGAAAAGGGUGAAAAGUGGUGCUGGACCACCGGACGACGACGCGAUCCUCAUCUCCUCAUCGAUAUCGUGGCCGCGCCGGAGGCCGGAGUCCGGACGCCGACGCGACGCGGAACCACCGCUAGCGGAUGCAAUGUAUCCAUCCAUCCAUCCAUCCAUCCGAGUCUGUCCUCUCCUCUGCUUCGCUAGCGGUUGGGGACUGACUGGGGUGCCGUCGCCUCACCCGUCCUCUGCGUCGCUGGACGUUGUUCGCUGCUCAACACUAAUGCAUUGUUGAGCUGUCUACUAUCUUUGUAUACAAAGCUACAAUCUCAUCUCGUAGCUAGUUUUUUCGUACAUUUUGCUACUUUUGCUUGGCACCAUUGUUUGUCCCUACUCGUUGGCAAUACACUGUUCCUUGUUCCA